UCGCGGGCCCUUUCCCAUGGUGCUUCGCGCCUGGCUGUCGCGGUUGCCGGGCAACUAAUGGUCCCGGGCUCAGGCUCCGCGGGAUUCUGCUGGGCCAUGGGGCUUCAGGGUCUCCAGUCGCUCCUGCUGGUGCUCCUGCUGGUGCUCCUGGCCCGCUGGGCCUACGUGAGCGCCCAAACCGUGGCCACCCCCGCGGUGCCGACGGAGGACCUCAACUCCACCGAGGCACCCUCAGCCACUCUCGGACCUUCCCUCACGUCUAGGACCCUAGGCACCGCCAGGACCCCGGAGCCCGCCUCCGGCCCCAGGCCUACCCCGGUCACGGAUGUUGCUGCUCUGUGUGUCUGUGACUUGUCCCCGGCACAGUGUGAUGUCAACUGCUGCUGUGACCCUGACUGCAACUCUGUGGAUUUCAGUGUCUUCUCCACCUGCUCAGUUCCAGUUGUCACGGGUGACAGCCACUUCUGCACUCAAAAAGCAGCCAUCUACUCAUUGAAUUUCACAGCAAACCCACCUCAAAGGGUAUUUAAACUUGUUGACCAGAUCAAUCCAUCUAUUUUCUGCAUUCAUACUACAAACUAUAAACCUGCAUUAUCCUUUAUUAACCCAGAAGUCCCUGAUGAGAACAGUUUUAAUAGGUGGAUGAAAACAUCUGAAGGUUUUACAUCGAAUGCAGAAGCAGAUGUUUCUUUUACAAGCAAAUCAGAUGCUUCAAAUACUAAAUAUGAGUACGGGGCUCCUCUGCAGGCUCCCGAGGCGUCUCCACAUCCGUUUCUGAGAUUUCCUUCGCCUCUCACGUCGGCUCUGUGCACUGAUGACAACCCUGCUGCAUUUCUGGUGAACCAGGCUGUUAAGUGCACCAGAAGCAUAAAUUUAGAACAGUGUGAAGAAAUGGAGGCCCUUAGGAUGGAUUAUUACAGCAGCCCUGUGAUUCUGAGGGUGCCCAGUUCAACAACACAGGUCCCGAUCACUGUCCAGUCCAUCACCGUUCAGUCUCUAAAUCAAACACGGACCCGCCCGGAAGACGCUGGCGUAUGGGUGCCGUCUCUUGUGGGUUCUGGCCACAACAGGUUCUGCACUAACGUUGUGCUUGAGGUGAAGUACAGCCUUACGUAUACAGACUCGGGCGAGAUCACCAGAGCGGGCCUCUCACUGCUUCUGGGGACGGUUAGCUCUGCAUCGAUCCCCCUGCAGCAGACAUUUGAAAUUCACUUUAUUCAGCAAAACACAAGGCCUGUUCCUCUCAGUGGCAACCCUGGCUAUGUGGUGGGACUCCCGCUGGCUGCCGGGCUGCAGCCUCAGAAGGGGUCUGGGAUAAUUCAGACCACGAAUAGAUACGGACAACUCACUAUUCUUCGUAGCACGACUGAGCAAGACUGCCUCGCUGCGGAGGGGCUCCGGACCCCAGUGCUGUUCGGCUACAAUAUGCAGGCUGGCUGCAAACUCAGGCUGAGCCCUGCCAUCCCGUGCCGGCUUGUAGCACGGAAGGUGAAGGACCUGCUGAAGGGCCAGGGCUUCCCGGAUUUUGUGGCCUCGUUUGGCAACUCCAGGGCGCAGGAUGUGCUGGACUGGGUGCCUGUCCACUUCAUCACCCACUCGCCUACCAUCAAGAAUUCUUGCCUGCUCCCAGUAGCUUUGGUCAUAGAAGUGAAGUGGACCAAGUAUGGAUCCUUACUGAACCCCCAGGCCAGAAUAGUAAACGUAACGGCGAAUCUCCUUUCCUCCGCCUUUCCCGAGGGCUCCAGUGUAGGCACCGCACAAACAUCAGAAGACAGGAAGCAAAUGACACCAAACAGCCCAGCUCCUCCCCGCUGCUCCACACUGCCCCGAAGUGCAGAGAAGCCACAGUGAUGUUACCUGUGCCGCAUACUUGUUCUUGUCGGCCUUGAUGAUCUUCAGGUCCAGGAUGAGCUCGGCCAGCACCAGCAGGGCAUCCAGAACCACCAGGCAGAUGAUGAUGACCUGCAAGCAGCAGAAACCAUGAGACCUGGAAAUCCCCCAGGAUGGCGGGUACGGACACCAAGGGCAGGAGCCUGCCUGGCCACUGGAGCGUCUGUGGUUCAUUUCCAGCCCCCUGGCCACCACUGGACUUUGCCUUCCUCAAUCACUUUCUCAAAUACACGAUCUCAAAUCGAAUGCUACUUCCUAGGUGGAAAAAAUGAUAAUGUAAUGAAAGUUUGUAUUUUUCUACUUCUUCUGCUGGAGCCUGGACAUGCACAGAACAGAGGCUCAGUCACUGAACACAUCCCUACCCUGGGGACCACCUGCUCUUCAGGUAACUGGAUGACAGUAAUGUCACUGUACCUAGCAGGCAGCAUCACCCUGAAAGUGAAGUCCCAAAGGAUCGUGCAUGAGCCUUCUCUUCCCAGAAGGAUUCCAGACAUCACUUAGUCCCUGGCCUUGCCCCUCAAAUCAGCGGAGUUUUCUUUUUAUUUUAGGGAGGGGGUAAUAGGGAUCGAACUCAGGGCCUUUCCAUACAGCUACAUCCCAGACUUUUUUUUGUUAUUUUGAGACAGUGUUUCGCUUAAUCCCUAAAUUGCCUGGGCUGGCCUCGAAUUAGUGACCCUCCUACCUCGCCCUCCCUGCCUGCAACACCAGGCCUGGCCAGAUCAGUGGGAUCUUGACCUCUGAAAAUGAGUCUGCUGUUCAACUGGCAAUUCUGGGUUGAAAUUAAACAAGCUGAUGUCUACAUAAGAAUGGACCAUUAAGCUUUUGGACCAUUUCAACCUGUAGUUAAUGAUUGCAGUAAAGUAUCUGAUAAUGUGUUUUAUUUUGUUUUUGGUACUGGGGAUGGAACUCAGGACCUUGUACUUGGGAGGCAGGCAUGGUGCCACUGAGCUAAAUUCCCAGCCCUGAUAAUAUGUCUUGAUGAUGUGGCAUUGCUCAGUUUCCACACAUAUCCAAAUGCAGUAGCUCAAUGAAGAUUCAAGCUUCUGGUGAUGGUGGUGGGUUUUUUCUUUUUUUUUUUUCAAUCCUUGGAUUUAUUUCAGAGCCCGAGGGAUCUGAGAGCUCAUGUAGUCUAAAAGCAAGGCACAGCAAUGUUAAGAACAAACCCGUGUUUUAGCCAUAAUGAGGCCUGAUGCACUGAUACGUGCUGCUGUCCAGUAGGGUGAUGCUGGUAAAGGCCUUG